GGGAAGCCGCCGCGUGCGCUGCGCCCCGGACACGUGGAGGGCGGGCGACGCCGCGCGCUGCAUGGCUGCAUCUCCAGCCGGGGACAGGGGAAUCCCUCGCUGACCCCCUCUCCCCCGAGCAAACUUCCCAUCUCGUCUCUCCUCUCGCGGCGGCGGCGGCGGGCGCCGGACGUGAGGUACCUACUUCAUCUCUCACCGUGAGCCUGCGCCAUCUCUCUCCUGGGACAGUAGGACGGCGGCCGCUUGAGGGAGUGCGGGGACGGUGGACUGAGGGGGCGCGGCCGUCGGUGGGGUGACUUCGACGGCAAGCCGGAGCGGUUCCUGCGGCGGUGCCACCAGUCCCUUACCCCUUACUGAUCCCAUCGUGGUCACAGUGCGCUCCCAGGAACUGUGUGCCAGGUUCUUCCUCGGGAUCAGUGCACGUGGGAUGAACCAAUGACAUCGAAUGGAUCCUCUAGCUUCCAGGGGUUCUACAGGAACCUCCACACCCCGGCGGUGCUCAUCGGAGCCGGGUUCGUGCUCGUCGCGCUGCUCAUCUCGCUCUGGCUCAUACUGCAGCACCUUAGAUCCUACAGAAACCCUUCGGAGCAGAAAUGGAUCAUAGCUGUCUUGUUUAUGGUGCCUGUAUAUGCGUCUGAAUCUAUAAUAUCGCUGUGGCAUUCGGAAUUCUCCUUGGCCUGUGAUAUAUUGCGGAAUUGUUAUGAAGCAUUUGCUUUGUAUGCCUUUGGACGAUACUUGGUUGCAUGCCUGGGGGGAGAACGGCAGGUUGUUGGCCUGCUUGAAAAAGAAAGAAUGGAAGAGCUAAGUGAACAGUUGCUUGAGAGUCAAGAGAAGGCAAAAAAUCGUAAUCAAAGUAGACUGUGCGACUUCUUUUGCGAUCCUAAUGCAAUGGGGGAGAGCUUAUACACAAUUAUAAAAUUCGGCCUUGUGCAAUAUAUGAUUCUGAAGACAUUCUGUGCUUUCUUGGCAUUUAUCUUGGAGCUUUUUGGAGCAUAUGGAGAUGGUGAAUUCAAGUGGAACUAUGGAUACCCUUACAUCGCUCUUGUCAUAAAUUUCAGCCAGACAUGGGCACUGUACUGUCUGGUGAAAUUUUACAAUGCAACGCAUGAAAGGCUGCAGGAAAUAAGGCCGCUAGCCAAGUUCAUAAGUUUCAAGGCCAUUGUAUUCGCCACUUGGUGGCAGGGAAUCGGAAUCACAAUCAUCUGCCAUACGGGGCUCCUGCCUAAGGAGGGCAAGGUGCAAAAUGGGAUUCAAGACUUUCUGAUUUGUAUCGAGAUGGCUAUCGCGGCCAUCACACAUGCUUUUGUCUUCGGGGUGGAGCCGUACCAGCACAUCCCGGUCCAUGACCGUGAGCACAGGGAGGUGGCCCAUGAGGAGAGCAAAAUGGAGUUGAGGGUCGAUGUCGAUGAUGGCAGCAAUGCCGUGCCAGCUAUCGUGGAGCAAAAAGAGACAAAUGUCAAGACUCCAGGAACAAGCAUCAGAGAGAGCGUUGAGGAUGUCGUUCUGGGUGGUGGCCACCAUGUCGUCAAGGAUGUGGCCCUGACCAUCUCACAGGCAAUGGAGCCUGUGGAGAAAGGCGUCGGGAAGAUCCAGGAAACCUUCCACCACGUCUCGCUGAAGCCGGAGGACAAGAAGAAACCCGACAUCGAGGUGGAGGAGCGUGUCACCGAGAAUGUAGUGGACAACGGCGAAGCUGUCGCGGUUGAUGCGGAGGUGAAGGUCGAAACAAGGGUGAAAGACAAGGGCGAUGGCAGCGGAUCUAUGGAGAGGUUGAAAUCAAAAGAAUAAAAGAUGAUAAUAAGAGGAGUGCAAGAGGAACUGGUCCUUGAGAACACGGUGCGCUUCUGCUUCCGCGAUUCGAAAAAGGAAACUGAGUAAAACGGUGGUGAUGCAUCUGUGCACCAUGAUACCAACUGUUAUCCUGAAAAUCAAGAACCAACUAGUGGCUGGAUGGUUAGGAGGACGGUUGUAUCCCGGGCUCACCAGGGAUCAAGCCUCGCGUCGAUAUUGUUGCCGAAAGCCCGAAACGGAUCGAGUGUUGAAGCCAUGAAGCUGUGUGGCUGGCUCAAGCCCCAUCUGGGAUGCUACGUGUCUUUGGUCUAUGCUUUCCCUGCACAAAUACAACAAGUUCCUUUGAUCAUAUAUUCUCUCAACUUUGUUUC